AUGCGGGGCAUUCGUUUACUAGCUACACAGGUGGCGGUGUGGAUCGUGGAACCGUGUGCGGAUGCAUACCUUCCUCCGUCAGCUGCUUCGUCUUGGGCAUCGCCUUGGUUCCAUCGUUGCCCUUCGUCUCGUGUGGAAGCUGCAGCGACGUCAACCAGCUGGGCAAAUGCAUCUGCAGGUGUACAGGAUUCGAGGGGGCUUCAUGAAGGACUGCCUAGUCAUUUAGUGGACACCCCGGCGUCUAGAGAUCUCCUCCAGUUGGUGGCCACUCUACGGGAAGAUGAGGCCUCACGCAGAGAGAGGAAAAAAAAUGGAGACAUGUUUCACGACUUAAGGUGCAUAGAUGGCUUGCUACCCAUUCUAAAGCCCAGGGGAAUAACUUCAGCAGACGUCUGUCGAGUCGUCCGCCAUAUACUCAAAACUCCGUACCCACGCUUCUCAGAGAGAGCGAGUGCCCACGAGACAGAGCCGCUCCGCCUGCCAGACAAACCUUCCUAUGGCGAGUGCCUUCACGGAACAAAUUUUCAAACUCCAGAGCUGCAGCAGAGGCAGAAGCUGCGAGUUGGUCAUGGUGGGACGCUCGAUCCUCCAGCGUCCGGUAAGGCACCUGCCUCAUAUGCCAGCCCUUCCCUACCGCUGCCUGCCUCCGUCCGUCCGCGCGCGUCUCGCGUUAUUCAAGGCUGCGCCUGUCAGAAUGCUCUCCUCGUUUUUCCCCCAGCUGCAGUUUUGUUCAUCUUACCUCCCCCCGUCACAUUGGGGUCGUUCCCCAUUGGCUUUUUCUCAGGCGUCUUGGUUUUAGGCGUCGGCAGGGGAACUGCACACCUGAAGGGGCUUCUAGACGGCCCCAAGGAAUACGUAGCACGCGUUCGCCUUGGAAUAGAAACAGAUACGCUAGAUGCUGCGGGAAAAAAGGUGCGGGAGGUGCCCUGGGAAACCGUCAGCUUCGAACGACUCGAGCAAGUUAUCGGGAGAUUCAACGGUCUGUCGUAUCUACAACAACCACCUCUUUUCUCCGCGAAGAGAAUACGGGGGCGUCAUUCUUACGAGUUAGCUCGGGAGGGCACUGCUUACACACCUGCGGACAGGCCGCCGGCUUCUCUCGUCUCGAUCGACCAAAUCAAAAUAUUGAGACGCGCAGAAGUACUGGUAAACAGUCCGAAGGGCAGUAGCCACGCCAGAAAAAGGCACCAAUGUUUUUGCAAACUCGCUUUGCGUGUACUACUCUCACAGUCCUUCCCUGAUCCAAAACGUUUGAGCUGCAUUCAAGGUGGGCAUUUGUAUCAAUCGUCUCGGCUGCAUUCGUGCAGUUAG